AUGACUCUUAUUCGACUAUUUUGUGCCGUAUUUUUAUUUCUGCCUUUUACAAACAACGUGUACUCAGAACAAAUUGUAACUACUUCAAACGAUAUUAAAAUUCUUCCUAACUUACUACAGCACUUGAACAAAAAGUUAUUAAUUGAGAGUGAGGGUGGCCCUCUAACAAACACAACAGUCACAAUACCAAAAGAAAAUAACUCUAUGGUUAUAAAUUUAGAUACAGAACUAUUGAAAAAUAAAAGCAAUUCGGUAGUUCCACGAAAAGGUGUAAAAUAUCACCUCGAAGAAAAUAAAAGUAAUGAGCAAGAUUCACUUUCUAGUGGUGAUAUGAUCACACUAGAUGAAAGUUCAAAUUUCACAAACAUUCUUAAACCUAUUUCAAACAAAAGUGGGUUGCAAAUUGAAGAAAAGCAUAAUAAAACAAUAGUACAUAAGCCAACUGUACUUUCCUCACAAAUUUUGGACAAGUUGAGUGAAAAGAUUGAAUUCCAGCCAGAUGCCAAAGUGAAAAAAAUUCAUGAAAAUAGUCGUCCUGAUCUUGUUAUGCCUAUUGUAAUAACUAUAUUAGUUGUACCAAUGUUUGCAGUUGUUGGAUACAUGGCUCUAAAGAGAGGACAAGAUGCCUGGAAAAACCGACAUUAUAAAAGAAUGGAUUUCCUAUUGGAUGGAAUGUACAAUGAUUAA